UUGAAAACAUAAUGAGGUCGUUAUCUCAGAAAGUAUUUUUUUGAAUCUUAGAUAAUAAAAUAUUUUACGAGUACAAUGUACGAUAAUAUUACACAAAAUAACACUGGAAUAUGAAGAAGCAUAAAUCGACGAUAGGAGGGUGCAAGCUAACCGUUGGACUUGGGGGUUUUGUUCACAGAACGACUGAAGAACAGAGAAGUGACGAGUAGCCAUCGUUGCUGAAUGUAACACAAAUAUACAUAUUACAUAUAGAGGUGCCACAUCAUUAUGUUAAUAUGAGCUAGCUAGCAUGUGUUUUUACACAACGGAUGCAACAAUUUCUACAUGAAUCUUCCAUCAGAUCAUGCUAAUUACAACUAGCUAGCAAGCUAAGCAUCAAGUACUCCAUGAAUAUUCCACCACUACCGAAAGUUUCAUAACACAGGCAUAAAAAUAAACUAUUGGAUUAUACAUACAGCUAUAUAUCCACAACUAUCAGGUUUGCGACAAAUAUAUCAACAACUAUCGAAAUACACAAAAUAUCCAAAAAUCGGAAGGUUGUGUGACAAAUCUAUCCACUUCCGUCUAAAACUAUAACGACGUGUCAGACGGCAUUAAAUUAACUAACGGAAUGCUGAAUCGAUGCCAUCUCACCUGCCACAUAAGCCAAAAAGCAACCAAACCUUACACGUAGAUGCCAAAUAGGCUAGUUGAAUAAAGACAAAAUACAACUGUAUAUCCACAACUAUCAGGUUUGUGUCAAAUAUAUCCACCACUAUCAGGUUUGUAAAAAAUAUAUCCACAACUAUCAAAAUACACGAAAUAUCCAUUUCCGUCCACUAGUCCGUUAACUCCGUUAGUUAACUUAGUUGGCGUGUUUCUGACCCCACUGAAUGACGUGAAUUAAAAGAGAAAAUAAUUUAAAAAACCUAAAAACAUCAGACGGCGAGACUAAAAAUCCAACAUAGAAACACGCCCGAUAACCACUGAUCCUCCUCCGAUCGACGCUUCCACCCCCAAAUAACCCUACCCCAAGCCCAGAUUUCGAUUCCAACCACAAUCCCCAAUCGUUGCCUCCCUUUUACUCCGACGGCUUCCAUGCAUUCGGCGCCAUGGUGAUACCAAGCUUGAAUCUCAAACAAAAAAAGCUUGAAUAUAACCAAAUCGCAAACAGAGAAGACUGCAGCAGCGAGGUCUAACAGAUAACGGUGUAAAGUUCGGUUGCCUUUUGGCUUAUGUGGCAAGUGAGAUGGCAUCGAUUCAACACAUUUCGUUAGUCAAUUUAACUCAAUCUGACAUGCCGUUAUAGUUUCAGACGAAAAUGGACAGAUUUGUCACACAACCUUCCUAUUUUUGGAUAUUUCGUGUUUUUAAUAGUUGUAGAUAUAUUUGUCACAAAUCUGAUAGUUGUGGAUAUAAAAAUUGAUGGCGGGAGUUUGUGUUAGUUGUCAAUUACCAUGACAAAAAUAGAAUAGUAGUAUAUGGUAGGCUAAUUAAUAGGAGUAAGUGGGAUCUCCACUACUCUUAUACUGAAAAUGCACCUGCAUGCGUACGUUAGCUUCUUGCUAAAUUGGUGAUUGAUACUGCUGUUAUAGCUAACACCCAUUGUACUACUCUAGACUAUAUAUAGGACGACUCCUUAGCUUGAAGUUCUCCAACACCUUCAAACUUUCCCUCCAAACUCCUUAGCUUCGAAGAUGGAAUCCAACACAACGACGUCGUAUGUGCCAUUGUUUUACUGUGUAAUACUGGCAGCAGUCGCACUCAGAGGAUUGUCUGCAGCAACAAACGGACAAGAACUGGCGUCCAAUUACUACGACCUAACCUGCCCUAAAGCUCUCUCUGCGAUCCGGAGCUCAGUCCUCGGCGCCGUCCAUAAAGACCGCCGGAUGGGAGCCUCUCUGCUUCGGCUGCACUUCCACGACUGCUUUGUCACUGGUUGUGACGGGUCUGUUUUGCUGGACGACACGCCGAGUUUCAGAGGGGAGAAGACGGCGGGACCUAAUGAUAAUUCUCUGAGAGGGUUUGAAGUGAUUGAUGCGGUUAAGUCCCAAAUGGACUCACUUUGCCCGGGGGUUGUCUCUUGUGCUGAUAUCGUCGCCGUUGCUGCCAGAGAUUCUGUUGUUGCAUUGGGUGGCCCAUCGUGGACGGUCCAACUAGGAAGAAAAGACUCAACGACGGCGGACUACGCCGCCGCCAACACCGACCUCCCGUCACCCUUUAUGGACCUUCCGGCCCUCAUCUCCUCCUUCUCCGACAAGGGUUUCACGGCCAAACAAUUGGUCGCCCUCUCCGGGGCCCACACCAUCGGCCACGCCACGUGUCGCGUCUUCCGAGACCGGAUCCACAAAAACGCCUCCUCGGACAUCGACGCCUCCUUCGCCGACUCUCUCAAAUCCGGCUGCCCCCCGCUGGCCGGCAGCAACGACACCAACCUCUCUCCGCUCGACGCGGCCUCCCCUGCCUUCUUCGACAACGCUUACUUCACCAACCUACUCGCCAACCAGGGCCUCCUGCACUCCGACCAGCAGUUGUUCGGCGGCGCAUCCACCGAUGCACACGUGGCGGAUUAUGCCAAGCGUCCGCGUGCUUUCCACGCGGAUUUUGCGGCCGCCAUGGUGAAAAUGGGGAGCCUUGGGGUGAUCACAGGGACGGACGGUGAGGUGCGUGCAAACUGCCGGAAAAUCAACGGGUGAUCGGUGUUUUUUUUUUAUGAUUACUUAAUUAUGCGUAAUUAGUUUGUACCAGUAAAGUGUAAUGAUGGAGAAAUAAAAAUGUCAAAAGUGG